AUCAACACGGGCUUCCUCUGACAACGGUUACUUCCCCUCGCUGAGCUCAGAGACGCAGAGGAUCCUCGACAGGAGGACUGAGCGAUACGUACAUGAUUGCAAAGUUCGCCAAGAUGGAAUCACAGUCUCCUUCCAGAGCUGCGCAUGAACAGGAGCCGAGACAUAGACCGUGCCGUAAGAUCUGCCUACUCUGCCUCGUUACGUCCGUUUUCGUCGCGAUCGUUGCCGGGCUCUCGAUCCAUGUGUUACAGAUCCGUCAGUCUCUGCUCGCCUCUGACCAAAAGUACCUGAGACUUUGGGAGCAACAUCAGGAGAUGAACAGGACCCAGUGCCAGUGUCCAGUACAAAUCCACGAACCGAACUCAACCCUGGAAUCCAUGAUAUCAGAGAAUUCCGGCUUGGAUCUCUCUCAGAGCACCUGUCUAAAGAACGUUUCCGUCCCACGCAACAACGUCUCCAUCCUCGAACAUACAUUGUUUAUCCUCGAAAGAAACAUCUCCAUCCUUGAAAACAAAUUGUUCGUCCUGGAAAGCAACCUCUCGGUCAUGAGCACCGAUCUCUCUGACCAGCAUCAAACGCAAACCGAUCUCCGUCAGAACUUCUGUCACCUCGAACUGAAGUGUAGAACUCUCAACGAAACCAAGGCUAAAAUCUGCCAGCUGCUGAGCAGCAGAAAAGAGAAAGCGUGUUCCAAGGACUGGAUCAGAAAUGAAGACCUGUGUUAUUUCAUUUCCACGUUUGAAAGUUCUUACGAGGGGGCGAAGCAGCUCUGUUCUAUCUCUGAAUCAAAGUUUCUUGAAAUAAAUACAUACGAGGAAGAGAAGUUUGUUAACAACGCUGUCCUCGGUGAAGACAGUUCAUACUGGAUUGGAACAUGCAAAGCGGGGAAAGUCGCCUCUAACGUCGUGUACAAGGUGACCUCUGGAAAGUUCGAAUGCAGUGAAUGUAAAUCCGGUUGGCUUGGCAGUUGCAAAAGUGAUCAACACCGUUUCAUCUGUGAGAAGCCCGCAGCUUUGGUCCCGGAUAUUCCAGAAAAGAUCCGGGUUCUCUGUCGAAAUGCCGUGGAGGGGACUUAAAUCUAGUGACAUCAUUCUCUUACCCAAUUUCUAUCUCUCUCCCAGACUUUGACAAACCCAUCCUCUCUUCCCCUCGGCCCUGCCCUGUUCCUCUCUCUCUCUAACUGUGGCACUGUUGCUCGGCAUCUCGCUCUCUCUUUCCACUCGUACCUCCAAACUCGCUCUCUCUCAUAACUCCUCCCCUGCCAUCUCCUUCUAUUUCAUCCCCAUUCUGUCAUCCCACAAAUUCUUGCCUCCCGCUCCCAGUAUGAAAGGACUGUACAGGAUCUGUACCGUCUGACUCAUUAUCUGUGUCGUUUCCGCCCUGAGCUUUGUAUCUUUGCAUGAUCAGUACGUCACAAGAAUGCAAAAUUAACCUAAGAUGCAAAAAGAUAAU